UCCCAACUCUCAAAGCUUUACACACUGCUUUUAACUCUCCUCUAGAAAAAGGUGGUUGUUUUUCUUUCUCCGAGGACUCCUAGCUUUUCCCCUUUUCCAUUCUUCUUAAAUCCAUGGACACGGCUCAGUGGGCACAGGGGAUUGGAGUGGUUAAACCUAUGGAAGGUUCAAAGCCUCCUCCUAUGUUAGAGAGAAGGGCAAGGCCUCAGAAGGAUCAAGCUUUGAACUGCCCAAGGUGCAAUUCAACUAACACCAAAUUCUGCUACUACAAUAACUAUAGCCUCUCUCAACCAAGGUACUUUUGCAAGACUUGUAGAAGGUAUUGGACUGAGGGUGGCUCUUUGAGAAAUGUUCCUGUGGGUGGUGGCUCAAGAAAGAACAAGAGAUCAACUCCAUCAGCAUCGGCACCUGCACCUUCACAAUUUCCAUCAUCAACAAAGAAGCUUCCUGAUCUGACAACGCCAAAUUUCCCUCAAUCUGCUUCUCAGAACCCAAAGAUCCACCAAGGCCAAGAUCUUAACUUAGCAUAUCCACCAGCUGAGGACUACAACAGUGUAUCUAAGUUUAUUGAGGUUCCUUACACCACUGAAUUAGACAAGGGUCUUCAAAACCCCACUUCCUCAACAUGUUCUUCUCAUUUGACCGCUAUGGAGCUUCUCAAAACUGGGAUUGCUUCAUCAAGGAGUCUAAAUUCUUUCAUGCCCAUGUCGUUGUCUGAUUCCAAUACAAUGUAUAAUUCAACUGGGUUUCCUUUGCAAGACUUCAAGCCAGCUGGACUUAACUUCAAUUUAGAGGGGUUUGAAAAUGGUUAUGGGGCUCUUCAGGGAAUUCAAGAGGGUCCUACUGGUGCAAGGAUCUUGUUCCCUGUGGAGGAUUUGAAGCAGCAGGUUCCGAGCACAAAUGAGUUUGAUCAGCAAAAUAGAAGUCAAGGGGAUUCAACUGGGUAUUGGAAUGGCAUGUUAGGUGGAGGAUCAUGGUAGAUAAUAGAUAUUAGAGAGGAAAAAAUGAAAAGGGCAAACAAAGGGGUUGAUGUUUUAGCCUUUUUUUAUUUUCUUUUUCCUUAAUGUGGGGAGUGUGGUUGUG